AUGGCCCACUAUCUGAAUUGUUUGUCUCGUAUUAACGCACCUAACCAGAAGUACGACAGUAUUGAAACUCAUAUUGUCAUGGAUGAUGCCUUCACAGUGUCAGGGUCAUUAAAUACGCAUGCGAAAUGUUUUAUUGAUCUUUGUAAAGAAAUUUUAAAUAAUGCUACUAUGACACAAGAGAUAAGAAUGGCAUAUGGAAGUGAAAUAUUGGUAACACUGGACGAUGGAAUGCUUGUUUAUCUGCAUUUUAAAAAUUCUCUCAAGGUAAAAACUGGAGACAUGUAAGGAUUUUCGUUAUUAUUUAAAUGCCGAGUUUCGAGGAAUCUUUCGUACAAUUUGCAAUGCAAUUUCAUUCUGAAAAUAACGAAAGAUUUUUGCUAGUUACAGGUUAGUCUGUUUCAUGAUUGAUCGAUUUUCCAAAAAAGUGCAAGGAACGUUGGUAGAGGAGUUAAACGCUGCAACUUGUCAGGCAUCAUUGCGAAAAGUGGUAGCAGGUUCAACGUUCUCUGCAAUUCACAACGCAAUUUUUCGAGUGUUACACGAGGCAAUGUUGCAACAUUCAAUGCACCGCCGUUGUGUAAAGGCCAUGGUACAGUACAUGAGGCAAUUGGUACAGUACAUGAGGCAAUUGGUGCAGUGCUGUAAUGAACGUAAUUUCACGUACAGAGGUAUCUAUGCAUGGCUAACAGUUUACUCUGGCGACAUUUUUCAUCCCAUUGAUUUCAUUGGGCGUCACGUAAGUAAAGAAAGUGUCGGCAAAGUGAAAUGCGGGCCAUACUACAUGCUCACAAUAUCCCUGCGAGUACUUUUUAGAUAACAUGGCUCUCAUGAGUCAUGUAAUCGAAGUUGCGUUGCAAGUUGCAGCAAAAAUUGGAGUAUAACAUGGCCUUAUAAGCAUGUAAUCUGCAGAUGGUGGUGUACUUAAUAGUACAUUUGUACAUCAGUGGGAAUUAUUUAUUGAAUGAAUGUAGAAUGAGUAAUAUUUCUUCACCAUCAUCGCUUAUUGCUGUGAUUAACUAUGACUUCUUCACACACCAGGUGAAACAAGGUAAAAGAUGGAGUCAAAUGAUGAUAAUGUCAUGGAUAAUUGACACGAAAAGAGAUUCAGUUCACGGUUUGUGUAAUAGUUCCAUUUUCUUCCCUUUAUACAAUACUCUUUACUUUCCGAUUAAUUCAGUAAAAAUUUCAGGCCAGAUCCAGUAUUCAUUUUACUUUUCGUUUUAUUAAUCAUCGUAUUACAAAAUCGGAACUUUUUUCAAGAGCAUUCUCAAAGCAAAGUUUUACUGCUCGAGUGAACAGCGGAAACAAACAUUUUUAAAACACUGAUGGCAUGACGAUUUCAGUUCGUUCUCGCUGGGGCAGCCUUGUUUCUGGUUAGCAAUUCAAGUGGGACUGUGUUUCCUUGCAAAGUCUGUUUUAUUCUAUGCUAUUUUAAUUGAAGUAAUUCCUGGAAAAAUACUGUCAUGGCAAGUAACAAGACACAAGAAUAGCGGACAUCAAGAUAUGGUCUGGAAACAGGGCCAAAUUCUUUGUUCUCUAUUUUUGUUCAUGGUUAUGUAAACUUGUGAACAUUUUCCCCUCACCGCUAAUUUCUACUCCACUAGUGUUGGUUGCAUAUUGACAUAUUCAAUUACUGUGGCUCACAAUGUCCUUUAUUGCUCUUUACGUUUGUGCACGUGUAUAAAUAAGCGCUUACGUAAGACAGGUACAGAUCUCGUCAUCUCUACAUGGCAUACCAGAGAUGACAUCAUACUGUCACAUUUGUUUUAAAUGUGUACCAUGAUUUUAAUUUUAAAUGAUAUAAGAAAGUGAAAAAUCCAGUUCUAAGUUAAUUGUGCAUGAUAUAUAAUGAUAUGUGAUAGUACAUAGUAUAAUAUCAUUUUAGUCAAUAUACUCGAUUCUGAUUGGUUAAAAACUGUGCCGAUGUUUAAUUAAAUGCGAGCCCGCGUGCAUUCCGUACGCUCACGUUAGUGCAGAAAUUUAAAUACAAAAUCUAAAUAAACAACGUGAAGAUUUAUGUUUUCUGAGCUUUAAUUUUGCAAUGAGCUCUUGAACAGAAGAGAAUGAAAUCAAAAUUAUUCACAGUUUUUAGAGGGAUGAAUUAAAAAUCAAUGUCAGAAAAUUGCUCUUAAAAUUGAUCACAAAGGCGCGUAUGGCUGUGCUCGCUGGAAUACAUUUAAUACAAUAUGUCAUGUCAUUGAUUGCUCGUAAAAGUUGACUAUAAAAUGAUAUUAAUAAAUAGGAAAUUACUAAUUUCCAUUUACAGUCCUUUGUUCUCUCUUAUUGAGAUUGGUAUACAACUGUCAUAAAUUGAAUGCUGUAAAGUGUGGGGAAGGGAAGUAUAUUUAGGAUUUAGGGUUUAUACCAGUAAUUUACCAUUUUCAACCUUCGUUAAUAGAUCCUGCAAAUGCGUACUUCCUGACAUGUGACAUGGAUGUUUCCUUCUCGUAUUCUUCGAUUGAAAGAUUACUGGAUUUUAUGUUACGUAAACCUUCUGUUGGUGGUGCUACGUGUCGUGUGUUUGCGGAGGGGUCUGGACCUGUCGUCUGGUAUCAAAUGUAUGAAUACGCUAUAUGGCAUUGGUUGAUCAAGGUACAGUAUACGUAGUUUAUUGUUUUAGUUUCAGAUGCAACCUUCAACAUUUAAUUUUUCCUAAAACAGUACUUCUCUAAUUUUUUCAAAAACGUACAGUACUUCAGCUUACUUCAGCUUACUUCAUUACUUCGUUUUUUUUUCAAAAACGUACAGUACUUCUUCUUUACGUACAGUACUUCUCUAAGUCUUGACCAAAUACGAAGGAAAUGUGAUGUCUGAAGCUCCGAUUUGAAAACAAAACGUUGAGAAUAAUAACAAGUUUUAAAAAAUCAAGAUGGCGAAAUGCACAAUGAUUUUAUAUGGAAUGAAGUGAAAUAUUUUUAUGCUGAAAUUGUCUUACAGAAAAUCUAUCAAAGAUUUUCGCAAUAUAAUGACUGUUUUAUCUUAAUUUUUAUUACUAUUUAUUUGUUUUGUUUGUGCAGGCAGCAAACAGUGUGAUUGGUUCACUCCUGUACUGCACUGGCUGUUUUAGUGUUUUUCGUCUUAAAGCUUUGUCUCAAGUAAUUCCAGUCUUUUCAAGAGAAACAGAGAAUGGAGCGGACUACAUCAGAAAAGACUUAGGUAUGUUUCCAAUAUAAAAAUGGUGCAGCGCGAUGAAAAAGCGAUUUAAUCCACGUUUUAAUUUGUAGUGCGAUUUACCAAACCAAAAAUAUGUAAUAUUUUCUAUCUAAGAAAGAUAAAAAACUUAUCCAGACUUAAAACGAACUAUACUUAAAACUUCCGGACUUAUCCCGAAGUAAAUUAGUUUAUAUUGUAUCUUGUUUUCUUUAAAUAACUCAAAUUUUUUCUAUAUUUCUUAAAAUUGUCUGCUGGUAAAGGAUUUCUUCUAAGUACAGUAUACGUAGCUUGCAUAAUUAUAUACAGUUUGAGAUUAUAUACAGUGCGUUUAAGACGUUCGCAUGAGUGAAGACGUUAAACACCUUUUGCACCUUUCGUGCUCCAUAUAUUCUAUGUUAAUUAUUAGUAGUCAAGACGGUAGCAUGCAGAGUUUGUUUUCCAACUUAACUGUGUCUAUGGUAUUUUAUAGGAGAAGACCGCUGGCUUAGUUGUUUGUUGUUAAAAGCAGGCUGGUUGUUGGACUACUGUUCCUUGGCUGAAGUUUCAGUUUUAUGCCCUGAAACAUUUGAUGGUUUCUUUCAACAACGGCGAUACUGGAUUAUGUCAACUUUUGCCAACACUUGUUCUUUGAUCAAAGAUUUCUGGAAUAUUCGACAUUUUAAUUAUAAAUUAUCUGUGUUCUAUUUCGCUUAUCUCAUUAUGACUGUAUUUUUUAUGGUUAUCAGGUAAAUAUUCAGUAAUAUUAUACCUCAAAUUCAAAUUGUCCAAUCAAAAAACAACAUUUGUACCACGUGACAAUGUGAUUGUUUUCGGUAUUUCACUCAAAUUCAUGAUUUCACAAUGUAGCGUGAGAUAAUAUAAUAUCCCACGGCAGAUUCACACGACGCUCUGAAACAAUAUGGCGUUCGCGAGCUGCUGUUUGUAAUUUCAUACAGAAGAUUUUAGUAUUGAUUUAAACCAAAGAUUUUCAAGACGUAUGUUACCUUCAAGGAUCCAAAAGAUAAAUGCUCAAAUAUUUUAAAAAGAAAACUCAGGCGUACAUAAGAAAUUAAAAAUUGUAUUCGCUUCAAGUUUUAAAGUUUAUUGUGAACUUGAUCUUGGUGGGUUCUUUAACUUUCGGUAUUCAACUCCUAAGCUUAAAACUUGUGCUCCCAUUAAGCUUUGGGCGCUUAGAGUUUAAGGUUAAGGUUUAGAGUUUAAGGUUCGCAAAGGACAACCUUAUUUGAAUUGACUGUAUAUGAAUUUAGAAUGAACUUAAGAUUUUGAUGGAUUCAUCUACAAGGGGAAGGGAUGUGGUGAGUUUAACGAAAUGAGUCAAGAAAAACCUGUCGUUUCCACAGUUUCCACAUAUCACUUUCACUGCUGCCAAGUCUCCAGAGUCCAAAAACUCUAACGUUUUCGCACGCAAUCGCAUAUUUCGGCUGAUUUCCCCCUGUUGAAAGAUGAAACAGCCUUUUGAUGUUCCUUUAAGCGAGUGCCAAAUUGGCACUUAGAAUGACCCAGAUACUCUUUCCCACAGUCACCGCACGGUAUAGUGUAUACAGUGUGUGUUUUCUGGUUGAUUGAUAUGGACAGGAUUUGGGAAAAUAUGGCCCCGAGGAGAGCAUUAUAUAGACUGCAGUGUCGAGUGUUGGGUCAUGAAGCAUUCGAUAAAAAAGGGAAACAUGACUGAUAUUAACCUUGUUACCGUGAACUCACAAACUUUAACAAAUAUAUAUAUUUUCUAUAUAUUUUUAUCUUGCCCUUCAGUAAUGAUAUUUUCUAUCUGCUCUAGUCCAUCAGUAAUGAUCUGGAUGAUAACAGGAGCAGUGUACUACAUUACAAACUCGUAUGCUGUUGUUCCAUACCUUGGUAUUCUUCUUAUGGCCUUGUUGCUCAUAUAUAUCGCCAUAUGUAUGUUUACGCUCCCUGACGUGCAUCGUGCCUUUGCUAAAGCUGGUUCCUAUGUGCUGGCAGUUACCAUAUUUAUCCUUACCCUGCUCUCAUUGGUUCACGUAUGUCGUAACCCUCGCCUGACGUUAGAUACCAAUGAUCCACCUCAUGAUCUUGAUAAACAUAUGGAGAUCAGUGUGUCGAUGGUUUAUUUCAUUAUAUAUGCAGGAGUUUUUGUUGGAACCGCUCUUGUUUAUCCAAAAGAGUUUUUAUGUAAUUUGCAAUCAUUGUGGUAUCUGUUGUGUUUGCCUGGAUUUAAUAUUUUCCUAAUUACCUAUACUGUGGUCAAUAUUACCAAGACUAAUGAAGGUAUGUUUGAA